AUGGCGAGGUUCCACCUGCCCUGGCUGGCCACUCUGGGGAAGGCUAUGCAGAGGCUGUGUGCAGGAUGGGCCGCCUGGGAUGGGAGGGGGCGGCUGAGCUAUCAGCACCCGGGGCGCCCACCCCCAGUGCGUGAGUCUGAGCGAGGAGGAGACAGCACUGGAACCCGUGGACACAUCGUACCCCGUGAGGACCCGCAGGCCCCAGUGCCCCUCAAGGCCGAGGGUGCCGCCCACACAUCGCUCACGCUGGGGACGCUGUGACCCCCACCACGGGACCACUUGAUCUGGUCUGUCUUCAGCACACUCUACCUGAACCUGUGCUGCCUUGGUUUCCUAGCACUGGCCUACUCCAUCAAGGCCCAAGACCAGAAGGUGGCUGGGGAUCUGGCGGCGGCUGGGCGGCUGGGCUCCAGAGCCAAGUGCUACAACAUCCUGGCCGCCCUGUGGACGCUGGUGCCCCUGCUGCUGCUCCUGGGGCUGGUGGUGGCCGCCGCCCUGCACCUGUCACAGCUGGCCAAGGGCUCUGGCUUUUUCAGCGUCCAGUUCACUGACACAGACUAUGACAGACAGGCUAGGUCCUGAUGCAGGGACCCCACCCUACUGUAAGGCCUGGGCCUUGGCCCACCCAGACCUCAGACGCCCAGCCCCAGCCUGGGCCCCUGGUGCUGACCCAUUCAGACCCACACUGCCUUUCCCCACUGACCGGCUUGGCCUGGCUCCAGAAAGUACCCCCUCCCUGUCUGGUGUGGGGAGGUGGGGGCAGCCCUGACCUCAGUGGCCCCAUUCCAUCUACUUGGCCUGUGGCCUCCGGGUGGAGACACUUGAACAUUUAAAAUGCAGCUGGGAUCCAGCCCUUUGAAAUCUGCUGCCCUGUGGUCUGGUGUCUCGGAGCCACAAGGGCCACCCCCAGCUCUGUGCACACAGCCGCAGUGCCCCUCGUCGGGGCUGGACACGGGGGCCACCCCCCAGUUCUGUGCACGCAGCCGCAGUGCCCCUGCUCAAGGCUGGACACAGGGGCCACCCCCCAGCUCUGUGCACACAGCUGCAGUGCCCCUCAGUCGGGGCUGGACACGGGGGCCACCCCCAGCUCUGUGCACACAGCUGCAGUGCCCCUCGUCGGGGCUGGACACGGGGGCCACCCCCAGCUCUGUGCACACAGCCGCAGUGCCCCUCAUCGGGGCUGGACACAGGGGCCACCCCCCAGCUCUGUGCACACAGCUGCAGUGCCCCUCGUCGGGGCUGGACGAUGCUGCCCCUUUCUGGGCCCCUCUCCGUCGCCAUCCAUUGGUCGUGGAUCGUCUUCUUUCUGGGUCGGUGACGGAUGGCAGGAGGGCUGGGUAGGGGCUGGGUUGGGACCAUCCUCUGGCUGUGACUGGACACACUCCGGGACCUGGGGCCCCCGUGCAGUCACCCCACAUGCAUAAUCGCACCCGUGGCAUGCACACAACAGCAGAGACAGGGAGGAGUGCGUGUGAUGACGCACACAGUGUGCUCUGAGCCCGUGGUGCUGGGUGCAUGGUUGGACAGUAUCCCGCAUCCGCGGUGCACCACGUGACACCCCCCUCCCCACACACGUCAAAACUGCCCGUGGCUGGGCCAAUGACAGGCUACCAGUGGCUCAGGGUGAAGCACCCCACCCAGGGUCUCUUCCCUCCCCAGGAGACACCCCCGCCCUCCUGCUGUGCCUAGGCUGGGGGUGGGGCUCACUGUCUGGUCCUCGGAGCCCCCAGCACGAGCCCUGCCUCUCCAGGUGGCUCAGGUGUGUGCCUGGAGUUCUGAGGACAGCGCCCAGUCAACCCGGGAGGCAAGGCCUGCUCAGCCUGCCUGUGCUUGAGCCUGGGUGCGCAGAGACUGGAACUCACUGGGGGCUGGAGACUGACCGGCCAUUCUACAAUGGCCCAAGGACAAGCGCAGUGUGCACUCCUGUGCUAGACCAGGA